AUGGGUGGCAUCUCCUUCGUCUUAAAUCCCAAAUUCGCAGAUGAUAUCCACGAUAAUAAGAAUCUGAAUCUGGCCAAGGGAUUUGAAAAGGAGUUCAGCGUGGCUCUUGAUUGUUUCCAGCCAUUCAAUGGUGCUUGUAAAGAUGGGGAGCUUGUAGCAUUCAUGAUCCGGACAAAACUUACACGAACUCUUCAAAAGGUGACUAUACCGCUGGCUGAGGAGGCAACGCUCGCUUUCAGAGCGCACUGGGACAACUGCAACGAUUGGCGCAGAGUUCCACUAAAAGAUAGUAUCAUGAUGAUUUUGGCGCAAAUCACGUCACGGGUAUUUGUCGGCGAACAUUUAUGCCGCGAUGCCACUUGGUUGCAAGUCUUGACUAAGUACACCGCCCACGCUUUCACUGCAGAAAAAGCAGUUCGUCCAUGGCCAAGAUUUCUAGUCCCCUUAGUGUGGAGAAUGCUGAAACCAUGCCGAGAAACGCAAGCGGAAUUCGACAAAGCACAGAGAAUCAUCCAUGAUGCUAUCAAGAAACGAAAGUCUGAACCGCAUUUGGUCUUCUCUGACGUGAUGCAAUGGGCAGAGGAAGCAGCAGGGCAAUCGGGGUAUAAUCCGGUUGUCGUACAACUCGCCUUCUCUGGAGCUGCCAUCUCUACAAGCACAGACUUCCUGACUCAGUUAAUUGUUGACCUCUGUGAGGAUGAUGAAUUGGUUAAUGAACUUAGAGCAGAGGUGACUGCUGUCAUCAAGGAACGAGGGUGGGAAAAAGGCGCCUUGCACGAACUGAAACUCAUGGACAGCGUGAUGAAGGAAAGCCAACGGCUGAAGCCACUAUCACUAGUUUCGAUGCGGCGCCUUGCUCUUGAGGAUGUUCGACUUCGUGAUGGAACACUACUACCGGAGGGAACAUUGUCAAGCGUGUCAUGUAGCCGCAUGUGGGACUCUUCUGUGUACCCUCAGCCAGACGUUUUUGAUGGCCGUAGGUUUCUCCGAAUGAGGGAAAGCUUGGACCAAAAGACCAGGAACCGAGCGCUGUUCGUUUCUACCGCUCCUGACCAUAUGGGAUUUGGACAUGGUCGCUCAGCGUGCCCAGGCCGGUUCUUCGCUUCAAAUGUGCUCAAAAUCACCCUCUGCCACCUGCUCUUGAACUACGACUUCAGGUCAAUCGGACCAAAAGCGAGGGUGAUGACUUAUGGUCCUCUACUCAUAUCAGAUCCGUCCGUUAAUGUGGAAAUAAAGAGGAGAAAGCCGGGGUUUACGACGGAAGAUGGUAGUGUGUAA